CGGCGCCAUGGACAUAAAUAGACUGAUUAGGUUAAAUAUUAAACAAUAAAUACAUUUUAGGAUUCUUUGCGGGGUUGCAGUAGCUUGUAGCUAGUGUACUCUCAGCACGAAUACCCCGUUAUAAAUUUCUUCUUAUUUAAGAUACUGUAUUUGUGACGUCAUUGAACACUUUUCCGAUCUCAAUUUAGCUAGUUUAUUGAAAGCAUAGCAUCGGUAAAGAAAGGGUUAGUUUUUCAAACAAACAACCUGUGUUAUAUUAUCAAUACAAUACUUGUUAUAUGUAUAUCAAACUUUACCUUUCUGUAUAGUCGUAUAGAUGCUGAUUACUUAGUGUUAACUUGGAUACUAUAGAUCCUACAAAUCCUCUAUAUUUGUUGUUUAAAUAUUGUUAGUACGAUUAGUUCUGAAAAAUGGGAACUACUAGCAACUUUAGAUGGCCAUGGCAGUACGAUUUCCCACCUUUUUUUACAAUGCAAAAAAACGCGGACACCAGAUUUAAACAAACAGAAGCAUGGUGCUCACUCAUCCUAGACUACCAUAACCACCACAAAUUAUUUCGACUUCGUGUCACAGAUGUCCUUGCUUCACCACUCUUUUACAACAAGGCGAUUGACCGCAGGUUAACUAAACCUGAUGUCAUUGAGAUUCUUUCUAUUCUUCAUAAAAAAGGCAACAUUGAAUGGGAGGACAAAGAAAAAACAGUCUGUAAAGUGUUUUGGAAGACACCUGCACAGUGGUCAGACAUUAUCUUUAAAUGGGUAAAUCAGAGUGGACUCAACAACACAGUUUGCACUCUACAUGAAAUUACAAAUGGUCCUCAUUCUUCUGAUCAAGAGUUUUAUGCACUUGAUGAUCAAAUUCUUAUGCAAGCAAUUCAAAUUUUGCAAGCGUCUGGCAAAGCUGAAUUAAUGGGAACUGAGGGAGUUAAAUUUUUCACCUAACCCGGGCAAAAAAUUAGACCAUCACAUUUAACGUUCUGUAGGAUGUUGUUAGUAGGUCUAUUAUAUCUUGUGAACGCAAGGGUGGUGCUAAAAAUGCUAAAUUAAUGCCAUUUAACUGCUUAAAAUCUUUUUCAAAACAAAUGUAUUUUGAUAGUUGGUGUUAAGCAACAUAUUCUGCAAUAUAUCUACAUACGCAGAGUCUAUCUUGUGAACUAUUUCUUUAUAUGCUUAAUAUUGUCUUCAUUUGCCUUUGUAUCUGUGUUUGCAUUGCAGAAAUGUUGUGAAAUAUUUUUGAAAGUGCUAAUUUGUGGGGAUCUAAAAUGGUUUUAAUUUCAAAGAAAUGUUUUUGGGGGACAAGGGGCGAGCAAUGGCCAAUCAAGAGUAUGGUUCAAAAAUAAUCAAUUCGUUUGUGCACAGAUUUUUAAAAAAAAGGUGGUGACGAUAAUUGUUUUUUUAUUGUUUUUUUUAACACUUUAUAAGUAUUUAAUAAUUUCACACCAAUUUAUUAAAGUUCAUACAUGCAUUUUCCAAGUUGAAAGUUUUAAUUAUAAUAAAGAAAUUUUAUGUUAUAAUGAAAAGUAUCAAGUUAUAUUUUGGUUAGUUUUGUGUAUAUAUGAAUUGUACUUUGCUGUUAUAUAUCCUUUGUCUUAAUUUUCUGCAAUAUUUUUUCAUAUCAUAG